AAGAGGUGAACAAAAUGUCAAGUAUUGUUAUGGUUGUGGCGGAAUCAGAGAAAAUAGUUUAGAAAAGUAGUUCAUAUCUACCUAAGCAAACGAAAACCAUAUUCUUCAUAAGAAAUCCGCCAACAUUUGUGCCAUAUCAUCAUGUAUAAAAAGAAUAUUGAGUGUACCUUUUAAAAUGAUAAUGUGUUUGUGAAGCACAUGAAAUACAGGAAUACAACGAUUGAAGUUACGAUUUGGUUUUGUCCUUCGAAAAUGAUAGUGCCAAAGAAAAACAAAACUUUGUACAUCAUCAUCAGAAUGAUUUAAGAAUGUAAUGUGAUAAAUCGCGUUAUCUCUGGUUGCUUGUUGAAUAUUUAGAACGGAGUGUAUGUGUAUCUUCCUUCCACCUCUGGGUUCAAGGUCAGAGGUAAUUCGAGCAACUCUAGCGGUGGCGAAAACUCUUGAUCUCCAAAUGAAGCGAUUUGAGUAUCAGCUGCUCCAGCAGCAAGAUGCUAACGAACGAAGUCAAGCACCGGUUGGAUCUCGCCGAAAAUCUAAUUCUAAGGUGGUCACAAACAAUCUACGGUUUUCGUUUUUUUGCCUGGUAGUCAGCGCCUCGCUGCUGAUAUUCUUAUUCCUGGCAUACACGGACUCUUUCCACCCGAUCGUCGAUACAAUCGCUGGAAAGCUCGGUUACCACGAGAAAACGUACGCCGUCGUGAUCGAUGCCGGUUCUACGGGCAGCCGUGUCCUGGCAUUCGAAUUUCACCGCGGCUAUCUGGACGGACGACUGGUGUUGGAUUACGAAUUGUACAAACAUUCAAAGCCAGGACUAUCCGCCUUUGCCGAUAAACCCCAGGAGGGUGCAGACACAAUUGACAAGCUACUGAACGAAGCCAAAAAUGUGAUACCCAAGGAAAAGAUGGCCACAACACCGCUAGUUUUGAAAGCCACGGCUGGGCUUAGAUUGCUAAAACCUGAGCAAGCUGAAGGACUGUUGCAAGCCUGCAGAGAUUUGUUUGCGAAAUCUGGAUUCUUAGUCAACGAUCAAUCAGUAGAGAUUAUGGACGGAACUGACGAGGGAAUUUUCUCGUGGUUUACAAUCAAUUUCCUGUUGGGAAAACUCAACGGUCGUAAUACGGUUGCUGCUUUGGAUCUCGGGGGCGGAAGCACGCAAGUCACUUUCGCUCCAAAGGACGUUUCCCAAACUCCUCUCUACAAAAAUUUCAUGCACAAAGUUCCUACAGUAAAUUCGUAUGUCGACGUAUUCACCACAAGUUAUCUGGGAGCUGGGUUGAUGGCCGUUCGGCAUGCCGUUUUCACCGACGGUGCCGCUGAGGGAGAGACGAAGCUAGUAAGCGAAUGUGUGAAUUCCAUUGUAAAGGAUAAAUUGUUCCGAUAUGGCACAGCUCAAUUUUACAUCAGUGGUAAGGACAAUCCCAAGGCAACGGUCGAAAACCCGGAGGUAGAUUACCAGAAAUGCGCAUCGCUCGUACGCAAGAAGUUACUACACACGUUGAAUCCGAAACCGGUGACGCUGAAGCAGCAUGAAAUUUCGGCGUUUAGUUACUUCUUUGAUCGAGCCAUUGAGACUGGAUUAGUAGAUCCCAUUCAGGGUGGUGAGACAACGGUGGGUCAUUUCGUUACCCGUUCUCGUGAGGUAUGUGCCGAAGCCAACACCGACCAACCCUUUAUGUGCGUCGAUCUUACGUUUAUUGCUGUACUUCUGGAAGAAGGAUACGGUCUCAAGCCAAAAACCCCGCUCAAACUUUACAAAAAAAUUGACGGCCAUGAGAUCUCGUGGGCAUUAGGGUGUGCCUACAACAUACUGACCAGCAACAAAAGUUCCCAACUGUAGAACAGAAGAAACCUGUUAAUCUCACGUGCAACGUGAAUACAACGAUACAAUCAAUCACACAAAACCACCAAACCAGAACCGAAGCAAAUCCUUCUAUUGGGGGCAAUGGGUUAUAUACUAAAGACAUCUUGAAGAAUGAGUUUGUCAUAAGUUUAUGUUGUUGUUCUGGGGAUAAUUAUUUUUGACUUUGACGAUUAAAAACAGAUAUGAAUCAACUAUUUUGUAUCCAUAGGAAAAUCAUUUUUGAUAGAACAAUUUUACUACAAUUGAUUUUACUAUACAAGAAGAAAUAUUGUCUGAUUUAAAUUUACUUAAUAUACCGACAGAAUAUAUGCCAUUCAAGUGGCGUAUUAAGGAGAAAAGACACUAUAGAAAAUGAAAUACCUUACUGUGCCUUAACAUACACGAUAGCAAAAUAGAAUAGGAUUAUCAUAAAUUGAGUACAUUCUUGUAGAAAAACACCUCUACUACACUAUUUGUUAUCAGUCAAUAUAAGUAGGUUUGUUAUACUGCAAGGGUAGCUUUUAGCUGAAUAGUUUGCACGCAUCGUAUCAUAAUAGUGUUAUAUGUAAUAGAGAACUAUCCCUAAAUCACAUUCCCUUCAGAAAAACAUCCCAGAAAAACUCCGAAUUGAUGUCAUCACUGCUAGAAUUAGAAUGUUUCUAAACAGAAAAAAAUAUUGGCACUGAGGUAGCUUUGAAUUAAUAAUAGUAAAUAGAUGUCAUUUGGUAUUAUAGCUAGGGAAAAAAAGAAGCAGUUGGUAUUUCACUCACACUGCGAGCUGUGUUUAGUUUGAUUGUUUGAUUAUGAUAGCAAAACUGUGUUAUGUGAUAUGUGCAUCAACUCUUAAAGCGAAGUAGAACAACUCAAUGAGAAUGGAGAUGUAGUAUUUAUCAUUGAAGAAUCCAUUGAUAAACUGUUGUCAAGUUUUCUUUCAAGCACCGUAACAAAAAUGAUUGUUUUAUGUAAAAAUAUAAAAUAAAACUCAGGACUUAUGAGACACGAAACAUUAA